UCUCGGCAACCAGGAGAUGAAUGUGUGGAGAACCCUCAGGGCUGUGUUGUUAACCAGAGUAGAGUAAUCAUAACAGGACCUGGUUUUGAAGGCACUAGGACACUGACCUCUCAACAAACCUGUCAAAAGCUACGAGGAUCUUCAUCCAGAAUGGUCUGGACCCACUGGAUCUCUCCCUGGAUCUUUCUUCUGCUGUUGUGUACUCUGGACUCAUCUGUCCCGUGUGGCCAGGUUGACCAUGGAGUUUGCUACUGUUUUGGUACUGAACAUUUAAUAAUAAUGGAUGACAUCCCCCAAAUAAGUUGCUCUGAAACCUGUGCACCACAAUACACUGCAGCUCGUUAUGAAUCAAGAUGCAGCAACAGUUUCUGUAGAAACAGUUAUAUAUUUUUUAUAAAUAUCAAUUCUCUAAUUGUAAUGGAUUCACAAGCAGGCAUGAAGAUAGUGAAAGAGAGCGGACACUACACAGUAUAUUUAAAAUCCCUCUCCAUUUCAACUCUACGAAUACUAUCAGGAUGCAAUGGAAACACUGUACACUGGUGCCUCAGCCACAUAACAGAGCCCUGUGAAGACACAUGUAAUGGGACUACAUUUACUCAAGGCAACUGCUUAGCUGUCUGCAUCAAUGCAUCCAAAAUAUGCACCAAUAAUUUUACACUUCCUUGUGACGAUUUUCAUUUCCAGCCCAUAUAUGUCCUCAGUGUGAAUUUUACACAAAAUAAAAAUUAUACUGUCAGCUGUAAUACAUGUAAUUUGACAACCACCACAGCAACUACCAAUACUACACCAGUGCCCUCAACUGCUACACCAGCAUCCACACCCACAAGUACUACACCAAUGCCCUCAACUGCUACACCAGCAUCCACACCCACAAGUAUUACACCAAUGCCCUCAACUGCUACACCAGCAUCCACACCCACAAGUACUACACCAAUGACCUCAACUGCUACACCAGCAUCCACACCCACAAGUACUACACCAAUGCCCUCCACUGCUACACCAGCAUCCACACCCACAAGUACUACACCAGUGCCUUCAACUGCUACACCAGCAUCCACACCCACAAGUACUACACCAAUGCCCUCAACUGCUACACCAGCAUCCACACCCACAAGUACUACACCAAUGCCCUCAACUGCUACACCAGCAUCCACACCCACAAGUACUACACCAGUGCCUUCAACUGCUACACCAGCAUCCACACCCACAAGUACUACACCAGUGCCUUCAACUGCUACACAAGCAUCCACACCCACAAGUACUACACCAGUGCCUUCAACUGCUACACUAGCUUCCACCGCCCCCACGUGCGACUGUAAUUUCACUGAGGAUCUAAAUCUGUUUCCGAAAAUGAUUCAAGAAGCAGAAAAGAACUGUGGAAGUGACAUCAAGUCAAAGUGUGGAGUCUCUUUGAAAUUAAAAUCUUUUUUAAUGAAACUUUUGGAUGACGACAUAGAUUUCAAUGGGUCCAUCAAAAUAAUCGAUACAGAUGUUAUGAAAGGGCUUGUGGUGAAAUCCAACACCAGUGACCUUAAAGACAUGCUGUUUGACUUUUCUGCACAAGGAGUCCAUGAAACACUAAAACCUACAAAUAAUUUUACAGGAUCAAUACAGAUUUCAGUGGAAGCAUUGAGGAAGAAUAGCACAGAAACAACUGUAAAAGUUGCUGUUGUCAGUUUUGCUCCCAUAUAUUUUCAGGAUAACAACAUUUUAAUUUCAAGUGCUGAGGUGAUUGGGAUUGAAAAGCUGAGUCCAGUUUCCAAUCUCACAGAUCCUGUAACAAUCUCAUUUCCCUACAAUUCACAAAACAAUUCUACUCUUCGAUGUGUAUUCAGGGACAGAAAAGACGGCAAAGAUUUCUGGAGCGAAACUGGGGUUGAAACUGUUUAUGAAGAAAAUAAAAUCAGUUGCAGAAGUUAUCACUUGAGUUUCUUUGCUGUACUAGUGAGCCCCGAUAACAUCACUAUCAGUGCAGAGGCCUUGAAAUCUCUGACCUAUAUCUCAUACAUCGGCUGCGGGACUUCCUUCUUUUUCUUGUGUGUGGUCCUGUUCAUGCACUGCAUGUUGAGGAAAGCCAAAUCCAAUAAUACCACCUCAAUCCUCAUAAACCUGUGUGCUGCUCUGGCCUUGCUAAAUCUCACCUUCCUCCUUAACGAGUGGCUGGCAAACAUGAAUAACAAGGGACUCUGUAGUUUCAUCGGAGGCACCAUGCACUAUGCCCUGCUCUGCACCUUUACAUGGUUUGGAAUUGAAGCUUUCCACUUGUACCUGCUGAUGAUAAAGGUCUUCAACAUUGAGAUAAAGCACUAUCUGAGGAAGCUGGCUGUUGUUGGCUGGGGACUACCAACGUUAAUUGUCAUGGUGAUUGGAAGUUUGGGCAAGUAUGGAAAAUACAGCAUAUCCACUAAGGAUGGGAAGUCUGUUUACAUGUGUUGGCUGAUGGAUCCUGUAGCCCAGUACAUCACCAUCAUUGGCUACUAUGCAGUGCUGUUUGUCUUUAACCUGGUGAUCUUCGCUGCAGUGGCAGUGAGAAUCAUUCGUCUGACAAAGGCUGGUCCUGACUCACAAAAGGAUACUGUCAAGAAAAAUGCAUGUAUCCUGCUUGGCCUGUGCUGCUUACUGGGCAUAACAUGGGGAGUGAUGUUCUUCAGCUUUGGACCCCUCCAGGAGCCUUCAUUUUAUAUCUUUUGUAUCCUGAAUUCCCUGCAAGGUGUCUUUCUGUUCGUGUGGUACUACAAAUCAAGCCAAAUUCCCAAGCCACUGGACCCAAUCAGCCAGAAGCCUGACAGCACUUCCAGCAACACUAAGACAGAUACAGGGAGACCUUGUUAAACACAUGUCUCCUCAACCAUGCCUUAAAGACAUGGCAGGGCUGGGAUGAGAUGGUUUUCUUAUGAAGGUUUGGAUUCACAGACCUCGAUUAACACUACCUUACUACUGCAUUAGAUGCUCCAAGAUUAGUGCUAAUCAGGGCCUGUGAAAUCACAAGACCCUAACCCUUUUCUGAUACAAUUGUAUACUUACAUAUAUUGUGCAAAAAGAUUUAUAAAUUAAGUACAUUCUAACUAUGCAUAAUACCACUGCAAUUAUGUGUAAGUACACAUGUAUUUACUAAGUAACUACUAUGUAAAGACACCAUAAUUAGAGACACUUAGUGUGAACUUUAUCACCAAGGAUAUAUCUAAUUAAGCUCCUAAUAAACCCUGAAAUGGCUUUACCGCUUAUCAUGAAAAAUGUUCAACUGCUCUGAAAAGCCCUAAAUUAUUUGUUUAUUUAGCAGACGCCUUUAUCCAAGGCGACUUACAGAGACUAGGGUGUGUGAACUAUGCAUCAGCUGCAGAGUCACUUACAAUUACGUCUCACCCGAAAGACAGAGCACAAGGAGGUUAAGUGACUUGCUCAUGGUCACACAUUGAGUCAGUGGCUGAGGUGGGAUUUGAACCGGGGACCUCCUGGUUACAAGCCCCUUUUCUUUAACCACUGGACCACACAGCCUCCUAAAGAUUAAUAUGUAAAUAAAAAAAUGUUUACCAAGCCCAGUAUACACAAGGAAACACUGCCUUUGUCCAAUCGGGAGAGAUUCAUUGAUCAUGUGACUAUGGAAGAUGGCAUGGUUUAGAUAAAAUACAUUAUUUUAUUGAUGUACACUGACAGACCAUGUCUGUACAACGUAAAAAGCAAACAAUACCAUAACCGUAACCUUAAAAAAAAAAAAAAUCCAUUCCUCCAUUUUCAGACUGUGUAGAGAGCAUUUUCCUCUGGUAUGCUGUGUUUCACGUCACAGGAGGCUGUGUGGUCCAGUGGU